AUGUAUCGUCCACGCCCAGUAGCUACUAUCAGCAAGCAAACCCCCCAAAAAGCUCUUCGACUCCACGGACCCUCUGAACAAUCUGCGGAACGAUUAUCAAAACCUUUCAAAUGUCCCGGUCAAGCUAGAACCACCAUUACAUCUGAUCGACCAAGCCGGAAGCGACGCAAGGUGGACUACACCGGUGCUGAUGGCACUGCCGACGAUGACUAUAAUAGGCCAUGGACGACCGAGGAACGGCUCGCACUUGCAAACCGUGAUAUCAACAAGUUUGGUGUAUUCAAGGUCAAGGAUAAGGAAUUGACGAUCAAACAGCGUUUCUCGGUCCCCUUGAUAAACAAGACAUCUGGCGGAUAUGAUCCCUCGAGACCCGCACCGACGUUGGGAAUGCGACGAGGUGCUACUUUCGUUGUCAAACCUCUACACGACCCGAGUGGAGAAUUUGCCAUAGUUCUAUACGAUCCCACCGUCGACGACAAACCUGCAAUGAAGACAAUAGAGGCGGAAAGCACGGCGGAGGAGCCGCCGAAGUUGGAUGAACCGCUGGUUCAUAAAAGUUUGGCUGAUAUAUUAGGCCUAAGGAAGCAAGUCGAAGAUCGCCCUAAAGUUCCUGUUGUCAUUGAUCCCAGACUUGCCAAAAUUUUACGACCUCACCAGAUUGAGGGCGUAAAGUUCCUUUACCGGUGUACCACCGGAAUGAUUGAUGAAAACGCAAAUGGAUGUAUCAUGGCAGAUGAGAUGGGACUUGGAAAAACGCUGCAAUGCAUUUCCUUAAUGUGGACUCUUCUCAAGCAAUCACCAGAAGCUGGAAAGACUACUGUGCAGAAAUGUGUCAUAGCUUGUCCUUCAACCUUGGUCCGCAAUUGGGCUAACGAGCUAGUCAAAUGGCUGGGUCCUGAUGCUGUGAUACCAUUUGUGAUUGACGGCAAAGCCACCAAGGCAGAGCUAUCAAGUCAGCUAAAACAAUGGGCUAUUGCCUCCGGUCGUGCGAUUGUGCGCCCUGUACUUAUAGUAUCAUAUGAGACGCUGAGGUUGAAUAUUGAGGAUCUCAGGGACACACCCAUUGGCUUGUUGCUUUGUGAUGAAGGCCACAGAUUGAAGAACAAAGAGAGCUUAACCUGGAAAGAACUCAAUAGCCUAAAUGUCAGUCGCCGCGUCAUCCUAUCUGGCACACCGAUCCAAAACGAUCUAUCUGAGUACUUUGCUCUUGUCCAUUUCGCGAAUCCGAACUUGCUGGGAUCUCAGAAUGAAUUCAGAAAGAGGUUUGAGAUCCCCAUUUUGAGAGGCCGAGAUGCGGCAGCAAGCGAUGAAGACCGGAAGAAAGGCGAUGAGCGUUUAGCAGAAUUAUCUACUAUUGUCAACAAAUUUAUCAUUCGACGAACGAACGACAUUCUUUCGAAAUAUCUGCCAAUCAAAUACGAGCAUGUCGUAUUCUGCAACCUUAGCGAAUUUCAGUUGAAUCUAUACAAUUAUUUUUUGCAAAGCCCAGAAAUCCGAAGCCUUCUUAGAGGCAAAGGCAGCCAGCCGCUCAAAGCUAUUGGUCUUUUGAAAAAAUUGUGCAACCAUCCGGACCUCCUUGAUCUUUCAAGAGAUUUACCUGGAUGCGAGCAAUAUUUUCCAGAUGAUUACGUCCCUCCAGAUGGCCGUGGCCGUGAUCGUGAUAUCAAAUCUUGGUACUCAGGCAAGAUGAUGGUACUUGACCGGAUGCUCGCACGGAUACGACAGGAUACCAACGACAAAAUUGUUUUGAUUAGCAAUUAUACGCAAACCCUUGAUCUUUUUGAGAAGCUAUGCCGCGCACGCGCGUAUGGUUGCUUACGAUUGGAUGGAACGAUGAAUGUGAAUAAGAGACAAAAGUUGGUGGACAAGUUUAACGACCCGAACGGCGAAGAAUUCGUGUUCUUGCUGAGCAGCAAGGCUGGUGGUUGUGGUAUCAACCUAAUUGGAGCAAACAGAUUGGUUCUUUUUGACCCAGAUUGGAACCCAGCCGCAGAUCAGCAAGCGCUAGCCCGUGUCUGGCGUGAUGGCCAGAAGAAGGACUGUUUUGUUUACAGGUUUAUCGCGACAGGGUCUAUCGAGGAGAAGAUCUUCCAGAGACAGUCACACAAGCAGUCACUAUCGUCAUGUGUCGUGGACUCUGCCGAAGAUGUGGAACGGCACUUUUCUCUUGAUUCUCUCCGAGAACUAUUUCAGUUCAAACCGGACACACGAAGUGAUACUCACGACACAUUCAAGUGUAAAAGGUGUAGACCGGAUGGAAUCCAACACAUCAAAGCGCCUGCUAUACUUUAUGGUGAUACAAGCACUUGGAAUCAUUUUGUCAAUGAUGGUGAGAAGGGACCACUGGGCAAGAUACAGGAUUUACUACUGAGGCAGGAGACAGCAGAGAAAGAUGUUUCUGCCGUGUUCCAAUUCAUCAGCAGUUGA